AUGCCGCCUCUAGGGACAGAUGCUAUGGCCCCAGAGUUCAGCCAUGGAAGUGAGGCAACAGUUGAUGCCCCUCCAUCACCUCCUAUCGUGCAGCAUAAACUUGUCUCCAUUGAUGGUAAUGCUUCUCACUCUGAAAAUUGUUUCAAAUUUACUAUUCUAUAUGCUGUUGCAUUUGUGAAUCAGUAUGGAUCUGAAAGUAAUGGUGCCAUGAGUUGCAUCUUUGGUAUGUCACUUUACCCACAGGGUGGUGGUUCUUGUGGGAAAAGUCACCAGGGUUUGGUUUUUGGGUUAACUGGUGUUGGUGUUGCUUUGGGUGGAUUUGGGCUUGUUUUCAAAGGGAUUUUGUCCGAUGGUUCAGUCGUGGCGGUUAAGAGGAUCUUAGAAUCUGAUUUUCAAGGGGAUGUGGAGUUUUGUAAUGAGGUGAAGAUUAUUAGCAACCUGAAGCAACGGAAUCUGGUGCCUCUUCAAGGCUGUUGUGUAGUGGAUGAUGAUGAUGAAAAAUUUAAUGACAGGGGAAGCCAAAGGUUUUUGGUUUAUGAUUACAUGCUGAAUGGAAACCUUGAAGACCAUCUGUUUCUGGUGAGUGAGCAGCAAAAGUUGAAAAAAUCGCUGACUUGGCCUCAAAGGAAGAGCAUAAUCUUGGAUGUGGCAAAGGGGCUGGCUUAUCUGUCGUGCGAUGCAUGUGUUCACGGUGAUGUAUUUAUCGUUCAAAUUCAUAUUAGGGUUUCAGGGACUAAUGGGACGUCUUAA